AUGAGCGCCUCCUACAAGUACCGCCUACUCUACUCGCAGGGAGGCAAGCCGUUCAUGAAGGGCGAAGAUCUGUACGACGAGCUCGAAACGAACGGCAUCCCCUCCGGCGGCGUCCGAUGGCAAUUCUCCACGCGCUUCCGCCCUUCCAAGUCGGGCUUCCGCGAUGUCUUACUCGAGAGCAUCCUCGACAUGUGCCAGAAGCACAAGCUCACCCCUCUCGAGAUCCGACACCCGUUGACGCAAGGCGGACGCAGCUUCGUCGACGUCAUCUUUGCCAAAGGCGAAGACGUGCUCAAGGUGUAUGAGUACGAGAUCGCCUUUGACUUUUACGGCUCCAAGCCCGAGCUGGUCAACCGCGCCAUUCCCGUUCGCAAACACAUAGCCUUGUGCAUUCAGACCCUGCCAGCCUUGACCAAUCUGGCGGCCGUGCUUGCUGCGGUGAGAGCCAAUGUGAGGAUCCGCGAGGCUGGGAGCAUUGUCGAUGUAUGGGCGCUGCACUGUGCUGACUCGGGAGUUUUCAAGGGCAAAGUGCUGGUGCUUCUCGAGCUGACCACGCAGAACGACGUCGUGCAUCUCAAGGCCCGCGCCUCGAUCCCCGGAUGGUUCGUCUUUGAUGGCGUUGCCUACCUGGUUCGCUUUCCCGAACGACCCUUUUGGUGCUUCCAAUGCCGGUACGAUGAACGUGGAUCCUUCCACAGCAUGCACACAUGCCCGCAUUAUCCGUGCAGCGUGUGCAAAAAGAAGGGCCAUGCUGCAGUCAAUUGUGCUAAGCGUCGGGCGCAGAUUGCGAAGAAGAAGCGAGCUGAUGCUUCCAGCGACGACAACGACGACGACGACGACGACGAACGCCCCAGAGCGACUUCGGAGGUCGGCGCAUCGAUGGAGCGACGAUUCGCCUGGCUUGGCAUCCGAGGUGACAGCGUCGAGGCCGAAGAGCUUGCUCGUGACUUCGGUGUGCUGGCCCUGUCCGAAAGCGAUAUCGGUAAGUAG